GUGGUCGCAAAUUUCAAUAAGCUUAAAAGUCAUCGGGGUUAACCAGCAGUACAGCACACAAGAUUUACUAGAAAUUGGUAAAAAAUACGUUGAAACCUUGGCAAGGGACAAUGUAACAGUAACAUUAUUUCCGUCCUGCGGUCGUUUUCCUGAUGUACACCAGGAUUUGAAUGUUAGUGACGUCUUUUGGCAAGUGACGAACACAACAAACGGAACGUUUUAUCUCUUCAACGCUUACCUCGAUGAUCGUGCCGCAGUGAAUGGAUCCGUGGUACGCAUACUCGGUCUGAUAAAUAAGAUACGUCCGACUGUGAAAACCUAUUGCCAAAUGUGGUUCGUUGGAAUAAUACAACCCAUUCCGGUUGAAGUGCAUGAAUAUCGCGUUUUGUGGCCGGAGUUUUGGGGUGACAACACAGAUGGUGCGUCGCCUUAUCUAAUUACUUGCAAAAAUCCAUUGGCGAGUCAGGGUCUGGUGCCAGCAUAUGUCUCACUGGUGGAAGACAAGUGUAGUUAUGCAAAUAAUAUGUUUCCAGUAAGCAAUAAAAGACCGAGUGGACGUAGAAAAUCAUUUUUAGUUUGCUGGGGUGGAGCAAAUUUUGAUGAUGAUAUUUCAAUGCAAGUAGUGGAGUGGGCAGAAAUUUUAAAAAUUUUUGAAGUUGACACAGUUAUUGUGCAUGUGGAAAAUCUGCACGAAAAUGUGAUGAAAGUUCUACAUCAUUAUCGUAGACAAGGCUUCUUCAUUAUCAAAUUCAUCAAAUAUCCACACGAAGUUCCCAACCGAAGGGAACAGAAUAUUCUCCAGUGGCUUCAAAGUGACUUGAUUUCGUAUCACGACGCAUUCUAUGAGUACCUUUACCAAUACGAAUUUAUGAUUCCUAUGGACGUUGAUGAAUUCGUAAUGCCGCUUCUCGAUGAGGACCAAUCAUGGCAUGAUUUAAUUAGACGCACAAAUCUACGUUCAACGAACAAUAAACAGAUAACCGACUCGUAUCCCGUGAUGAAUAGAUACUUUCUUUUAAAAAGUGUACAUGAACCCGUUGAGGACGUUCCCAAGAAGUUUAGAUUCCUUUCAAACAUUUACCGUGCAGAAAAUUUUACGGCUUUUAGUGGUGGCGCAAAAACAUUUAUGAGAAUGGAACGAGUCCUGGUCCUUCACAAUCAUUUUCCUGUGACCUGCAUUGAUCCUGAAUAUUGUCAUGAAAUUAAAGUGGAAACCAAUGUUGGACAGGUAUCGCAUUAUCGUACUGAUUGUAAUUGUGAAGAAUGUCUGGCAUCAAUGCAGAAUCCGGUGAAAGAUACUAGGCUGUGGAAGUAUAAAGAGAAGAUCUUGGAAAACGUCUAUGCAACGCUGUGUGCAAUUGGAAUGGAAAUGGACUGACUUCAUUAUAGAACGUAAAACUGUUCUCUCCGCAACCGCCAAGGACUCUUCUCAACUGCAAUCAACAGGCGAAUGCAAACAAAUGCAUAACCUUUCUAAAGAUUAGUUUUUAUUUAAAUACUUGUGAAUAUUAUUCAUGGUAAUCUGAAAGUCUCUAGUAGUCUCUAAAGACUUUUUUGGCUAAAAAAAACAGUAAAAAAGAAGCACAAUUUUAAUUCUUUGAAAU